GAUCAACAAUGUCUACUCUGAGAAGAAGAAGAAGAAUUCUUUUUUCUCUCUUACCCAUUUUAGGACUCUUGUUGCUUCUACAAUUCUCACCAAAUCGAUCAAAGCAGAGCCCCAAAACCACUAAAACCCCAAAAUGGCAUAUCCACCACCACCUCAAAGUGGCCCAUUCAGCUUGUGAAGGCACCUUGUACCCAGAACUCUGCGUUUCAACGAUCUCCACCAUUCCAAACAUCGCCACUAAAUCCAUCCCCCAAAUCAUUUCUGCCACUGUUAACCAAACCGUGGCUGAAGUCCACUCUUCGGCUUCCAAUUGCAGCAGCAUUCGCAAGAAAGAAAAGAAAAUUCUAGACCCACUCCAAAAGAGGGCUCUCGAUGAUUGUCUCGAACUCUUUAGCGAAACGGUUGCUGAGCUUAAAUCCUCUCUCUCUGAUUUAUCGAAAACCUCAACUUUGAAGCGUUACCAUGACUUGCAGACGCUGUUGAGUGGAGCAAUGACGAACCAGUACACUUGUCUCGAUGGGUUCGCUUACAGCAACGGGAAAGUGAGGAAGAAAAUUGAGAAGAGAUUGUACCGUAUCAGUCGUUUGGUUAGUAAUUCCUUAGCGAUGCUCAAGAAAUUGAAAAUCGCUAACAUCUCUUCCACUUCCAAGAGUAAAGAGGCAUUUCCAGGUUACGGGAAGAUGGUAGAUGGGUUUCCGAGUUGGGUGUCGAAGAAGGAUCGAAGGUUGUUGCAGACAUCGAUCAACGCAACGAAAUACGAUCUGGUUGUGGCUAAAGAUGGGAGUGGGAACUUCACUACAAUCAGCGAUGCUGUGGCUGCGGCUCCUAACUCAACGACGACGAGGUUCGUCAUUUAUAUAAAAGCUGGUGCGUACUUGGAAAAUGUGGAGGUGGUGAGCAAGAAGACCAUGUUGAUGUUCAUCGGAGAUGGAAUUGAGAAGACGGUGGUCAAAGCUAGCCGGAAUGUGGUGGAUGGUUGGACUACUUUUCGAUCUGCAACUGUCGCUGUAGUGGGAAAUGGCUUCAUUGCUCGGGACAUGUCCUUCGAGAACUCGGCUGGACCCAGUAAACAUCAAGCAGUGGCCUUAAGAAGCGGUUCUGAUCUAUCAGCUUUCUAUCGCUGCAGCUUCGUGGGUUACCAAGACACUCUUUACGUCCAUUCCCUUCGGCAGUUCUACAGAGAAUGCGAUAUCUACGGCACCGUCGACUUCGUCUUCGGCAACGCUGCUGUGGUGUUACAGAAUUGUAACCUCUACGCUCGUAAACCCAACGAAGAACAAAAGAAUAUCUUCACCGCACAGGGAAGGGAAGAUCCGAACCAGAACACCGGAAUUUCCAUAAUCAACUCCAAGGUUGCAGCAGCAGCGGAUCUCAUUCCGGUGAAAUCCUCUUUCAAGAAUUACUUGGGUCGACCAUGGAAAGAGUACUCAAGGACUGUGUUCAUACGUUGCAAUUUGGAAGAUCUGAUCGACCCGGCCGGUUGGUUAGAAUGGUCGGGUGAUUUUGCUUUGAGUACACUUUAUUAUGGGGAGUAUAAGAAUGUAGGAGCUGGUUCGAAUACCACUAAAAGAGUGACGUGGCCUGGUUAUAGGGUUAUCACUAACUACACUGAGGUUAGUCAGUUCUCAGUUGCCAACUUCAUUGAUGGGAAUGAAUGGCUACCAGGAACUCAGAUUUCCUAUACCGCUAAUAUCAGUUAA